CCCCCCCCCCCCCGAGGAGACGCCAAUUUUGUUUACAUAAUCAGCUGAUUCCGUGAGAGCACGUGACAGGAGUCUGAGCCAAGGUACUGUAUUUCACAUGGAUAUUCCACGUACAAGCAUUGCAGUGACCUUGCUGGCAGCUGUAGCAGUGACCUUAGUUUUCAAGUUUUGGUCAUCUUGGAGGAGUUCGAGAGCACCCAGAAUCAUGAGGCCACGUGUGAAGGAUUUGGAAGAACUAAAGGACAGAAGCUGGCAGCUUGUUGGAAAAGUCUCCAAGGUGUAUCUAUAUCCCAUUAAAUCUUGUGCAGGGAUAGGCCUGGCCUCUGCUCAGGCUACUCAACUUGGCCUCAGCAGUGGCACCGUCAGAGAUCGAUCAUUGAUCAUAAUGAAUGAAAAGGGUGUGAUGGUGACAGGGAGGAUGAUCCCAGCUACAGUAAAGAUAAAAGCUCGUGUUGAUUAUGGUAUUCUCACGCUCGAGUUUCCAGGUGCUCCAUCGUUAUAUGUCCUACUGUCACAAGUUGAAGAAAAGAACAUACAGAAAACUACAAGGGUAUGGGAUGACACAGUCCCUGGCCUCGACUGUGGAGAUGAGGCAGCAUCUUGGCUGACGGAAGUUUUGGGUCGAAAGUGUCGCCUUCUUUAUCAUGGCAGCAUCCCUUCCCCAAGGAAUACUGACUUGGGGGAGGAAUAUCCACUCCUAAGAGAUGAUGAUAAUUCCUUAUAUGCAGAUUUGACUGGCUACAUGCUUAUGACAAGGGAAUCCAUUGGAGAUCUAGAGACCAGAGUGAAGACUCAUUUACCGCCUCAGAAUUUCCGUCCAAAUAUCCUGGUGGAGGGUACUAAAGCUCCUUUUGAUGAGGACUUGUGGGAAUAUAUCAGGAUUGGCAAUACUCUCUUCAGAAAUGUUAAGCCUUGCUCCAGAUGCAUUUUCACUACAAUAGACUAUGAGACUGGAAAGAAGGAUUCUAACAUGGAACCAUUGCGCACUCUUAGGAGUUACAGAUGUGUAGAAGGAGACAACAGUCCACAUUUUGGAAUCAACUUGGGAGUUGACAUAACAGGAACUGUUAAUGAAGGAGAUGCUGUGUAUGCUACUUAUUUGCAGUGAACAGUUUCUUUUUUUUAUCCGAAUGAAAAGCGCAAGCCGUUUUAUUUCUUCCCAUUUUGUAUGAAUUAUUGAUAAUGUUGCUGCUAUGAUUAAAGAUUCAUACCUUUAUUUUCGUUGUUUUUUCAUGUUGUAAAAUGUAUUAUCUUAUAAGCAGUAGCCAUUGAAGAGCAUUUAAUAUGAAAAGUUUUCUUUUAUAUGCAUAUAACAAUUUUUUGUUUAGAUUUUAAAGUUUGCUAUAAUAUGUAAUUAAGGUAAAAAAUAAACAUGUAUUCAUAUGAGCAGUAUUGUUCAUUUCUCUAUUAGCUAGAGACUAAACAAGUGCCAACAGUGAUAUUGUAACCAUUAUCAUUUGUUAUUAUUAGAUUAUUAAAGCUUACUUGACAAUGUGAGUAGAUAAUGUAUUUUUUAUGAACCCUUUCUUUAUAAUUAGAAGACAGGUAGAUUUAGGUUUCUAGGCACAGUUGCACAAUUAGCAUACUAAAAGACACUCUUGCUCUGAAAUGCAUAACUCUGACUUUUUUCGGGUUAUGCUUAUAAAUUACCUGUUAUGACAAUGAUUUGAAUAAAAUUAAUUAAUUUU